AUUACCAUCGCUGCCAGCGAAUUCCUCAGCAACACUCACCAAUGUGGCAGCAAUGUCCUAACAUUUGAGGGCAAAGUGCGGUUCCAAUAAUUGACAAUAUUCAUCAUAAAAUAUAAAGGGAACAGACGAGUGACAAUUAACUUAAAAAGUGAACACUUGAAGUACUUAAAACAACAAUUAAAAUGAAUGUAAAAUAGUGAUUGGGUAAUGAACCAAAGAAUUUAAACGUGUCACACCAAAGUUCUGAUGUAACUUCAUCAGGAAAAAACAAAUCGAAAAUAAAUGUAAGGAGCACGAAAACAUUCCAAAUACACCAAUGAAAAGCCUCAACAACCGAUUUAAAGUGAUUAGCCUGGAAAUAAGUUGAGGAUAAAAUGCUUAAGGUUAGAAUUUCAUAAAUUCUGCCCUCGAAAAUUGUGGCCAUGGACUUGAGGUCAGGAAACAAAAACAUUUACCAAAUAUUUAAUUUAUUAAGUGUCUUCAAUAUUUAAAGAUUAAUUUUGUGAAGAAAAUUGGAGACACGAGUGCUGGAUGAUUGAGCUCGGUGCUCCAAUUGCCUAGGAAACUAUUGAAUUUUACAGAGGAACAAUUUAGACAAUUGACGUCAAGAUGAGUAACAUAUUGGUUCAACGUCUGAGCAAUCGGAAAUUGCUGGUGGACUUGCUGGCAGUGAUGUUUGGAAUUGGCGCCUGGAUUGGGGUCAAUGGAAUUUAUGUACAACUGCCAUUAUUAGUUAAUACCGCGCCGGAGAAGUGGAGUCUACCUGCACAUAUGGUUAUGCUGGUGCAAUUCGCUAAUUUGGGGCCUAUACUUUAUACGUUGUUCAUUAAAUAUUCAUCAUGGACCAGAGACCACUACAUAAUCUACGGUCUUCUGGGCACAGCGACGCUUGCCAUCUACCUGAUGUCGCUAACCUACAAGCAGACCUCAAUAAUCUUCAACUCUGAGCACUCAACGGCCCUCCUGGGUCUGAUGUUCCUCACCGCAGUAGUUGGCUGCACAUCGUCAGUCCUCUUCAUGCCGUACAUGCGGAACUACCGGGAAAUCUACCUGGUCUCCUAUCUGGUAGGGGAGGGUUUGAGUGGCUUUAUCCCCAGCACAGUGGCCUUGAUCCAGGGCGUGGGUGGCAACCCGGAGUGUCGGAAUACAACAAAACCAGACUCUCCCACCCACACCUUCGAGCCAUUCUACCCAGAGCCGAGAUUCUCCCUCGAGGUCUUCUUCGUCUUCGUGGGGACAAUGUUGGCAACAAGUCUCAUAUCCUUCAUUGGACUCAACAAGCUGCCGACAGCACGUGGGGAAUUGGUCAAGCCUCCAGGUAGUGCGGAGACACUGCCAACAGACACCAACGCACCUCCUAGCUAUAAAACGACUAACGGCUGGGCGAUGCCCCGGAGAACGUACUGUUAUCUUCUGACUAUCAUGGGGAUUAUCUGCUUCUUGGGGCACAGCACUCUCCCCAGCAUCCAAUCCUAUUCCUGUCUGCCUUACGGCAAUGUCGCUUACCAUCUGACGGUAACACUGGCCUCCAUGGCAACACCAUUGUCUAUGACCAUCGGCUUCAUUCAAAAGGAUCCCUUGUCUCUGAAGACUUUAACGACACUUACUGGAGGGAUCCUGCUUCUCUCCGCAGUUGUGCUGUAUAUCGCUGUUCAGUCACCCUCACCUCCUCUUCAAGGAUCCUGGGGUGGAGAGUUGUUGAUUAUUCUGCUGUGGAUAUUUAUCAACGGAUUGAUUGGGUUCGUCAAGAUGGCGAUUACCACUAUCUUUAGGCCUGAUCCUGGCAGGGGAUUGUAUUACAUUGGAGUUGCUACGCAGGUUGGGUCACUCACUGGGGCUAUUAUCACUUUCGGAUUAGUUAACUUCGUCGGGGUGUUCAAGUCGUACUCGCCUUGUGAUGCGUUGAUUAAACAUUGAUGGGGUGAAAGUUUGAGUAUCGAUCAUGAAUUUGGAUGUAAUGAUGGUAAUCCUUCAUUUUCAUGGUCGAUACAGUGUCGGAAUAAUGGUGGAUUAGGGAGAAAUCAGGAGAAAAUUUUAACUGUUAUAAAAAAAUAAUUCACUAGCAGAUUUUUUUUAGCUUGCUGAUUGAAAGUACAGUAGACUCUCGAUAUAUUCGCGCUUGUUGGCCCGUAGGAAAAGUACAGGCGUAUUGGCGAGAUUCUAGUCUUUGAGUUCCAUGUAUAACAAUGGUGGGGGAAUAGGAACCGAAGGCUACAAUUUCUCUAGUACGACUUUAGAUUGCGAGAAUGCGACUGUAGUUCCCUAGUGGAAAAACAUAAGGUGGAGGCGUAACAUGCCUGAUCAGAAUUUCGGA